CUGAGGCAUUGGAUUCGUAUGGUUGCUUUGCUUGCUGGCUCAUUUGGAGGCCUUAAGCUUUUUUCCUUUCGUUUCUGCAUCAUAACCUCAUUUCUUUUUGCUGUGUUUGUAACGUGUUUGUGAGUGUGAGUGGAUGAAUGUAUCUAUGGAGGAGAAGGAAAUGGAGAAUGAGGAGGAGGAGGAGGGAGAAGGCCAUUUUGGCCCUGCCUAUGCAGAGCGUGCAGAUGUUAAUAACAGUAAUGGAGGACAGGCUGGCUGCUGUGAGCUCCACCACUAGAAUGCAGGCAGCAAUGGGAUUAGCGAUGGUGGCUAACCCAAAUAGCCAAACCUCACCUUUCUGGAUUUGAGCUUUUCUCAGUACAAUGAGAUUUUUCGUGUCACAACACGGUUUAGGAGGAUGUUUGGCCAAACCUGCUUGUGUUCCUUCACGUUACAUCGGGAUACUUCGAUUAAACCAAAUUAAACCAGUUCCAUCUAUCUAGGGUUUUAGCUCAUAUCCCUAAGACCAUGGGCGACAUGAAAACCCCGGACUUUGAUGAUCUACUUGCGGCCUUUGACAUUCCUGAUAUGGUCGACCCCAAGGCCGCUAUCGAAUCCGGCCACGAUGAACACGAGGGGCAGCUCAAACAAAAUGUUCACCAUGAUGAAGACUCCCAUGUUCCCUCGAUGCCAGAUGUUGGAGUGAGCGUUAUUGUCAAGAAUGUUCGAAACGUCGAUGCCAACGAUCACUCGCUUUCAGACAAGGAUAUCCAUUGUUCAGUAGGGAACGGAAUGCACAACGGGUUCAUGGCCAUGUCGCCUAAUAACAGGUUUAGCAAAGAUGGCGAAAAGCAUCAAAAAGUUGGAAAUCAUGGAACAGAAGUGACUGGCUCCAGGUAUAACCAGUUUAGUCCAAUUUCCAGUGCUGACGAGUUUGAUGAUGAUGACAAGAUCGAAGUAGAUGACCCUUUGGACAGGCAAAACAAUUUACCUUGUUUUAGACCAAAUCCUCUUACAGGACUUAAGAGAGAGGAGCUUUAUUCUAAUCUUUCAGGCAAUGGUUCAUUGAAGAUGGGAACUAAUGGCAAUUACAAUCAUUCAAAAACUGAAAACACUAAUACCAAUGGUACUUUAGGAAACCCAAAUGCCUACGAUCCUCCAAAACUAAGGAAAACUGAGGACCAACUCAAAGAGGUACUUUGCGGCCAAGAUGGGAAAGAAGGAAGGGAGCCAGUAGUUGGGUUGAGUAUGUCCAACCUGUCUCAAGCCAAGGCUAAAUCAUCAGCUAAGCUCUCAUCCUGCAUUGCUGCUAUUGCUGCUCUGAGUGCAAAAAAGGCCAGCACAGACGUGACAGCUGCUGAACCCACUGUCACUAAUCAGGACUCUCCAAAAGAGGCUAAGGAGAGUCCAAAGGUGACAGAAAAGAUUCCAGAGCAAGAGUCAGCCCUGGAGCUUGCCAAGAAAAUGCUUUCCAAACAGCCAGAGAGUCCGUGUAGUGUUACCAGUGAGAACAGCAGCAAAGGGUCACCCUCAUCCCCUGUAGGAUCCACCCCUGUCAUUCCCAAGGUGCGUAUUAAAACCAUUAAGACGUCUUCAGGCCAGAUCAAGAGGACUGUAACAAGGGUGUUGCCGGAGUUUGACCCAGAAGGUCUGAAGAAAGGUAUCGACUCGGGAUCCAUUGUGGUAUCUUCCUUUUUGUCGUCUCCCACAUCAAACUCUGUUUUGUCAUCUCCCACCCGAACGUCACUCCCAACCACAGUGAUGGCAACUUCCGGAGGUUCAACCAUUGAAGUCACAAAGCAAAUGACCAUCAAGCCUGUUGCUACUGCCUUUCUACCAGUGUCUGCAGUAAAAAACGCUGGUUCCCAAGUAAUAAACUUAAAAUUGGCUAACAAUACAACAGUAAAAGCCACAGUCAUACCUGCUUCAUCUGUUCAAAGUGCCAGCAAUGCAAUUCUCAAAGCUGCCAAUGCUAUUCAGCAACAAACUGUUGUGGUACCUGCUUCCAGCCUUGCCAACACCAAACUCGUGCCAAAGACUGUCCAUCUUACCAACUUGAACCUCCUUCCUCAAGCUACAUCAGCCUCAGAGCUCCACCAGGUUUUGUCUAAACCCCAGCAACCCGUUAAACAAGCCAUGAUGCCCAGUCAACCCCCUAAGAAAGUGUCUCGUGUGCAGGUGCUGGCCAGUUCCCAGAGUUCGGUCGUGGAGGCGUUCAACAAAGUUUUAAGCAGUAUCAACCCUGUCCCGGUGUAUGUUCCAAACCUUUGCCCUCCCUCCUCAUCAUGUAUUUCUUUACCAUCCCGUGGUUAUAAAUGCCUUGAGUGCGGUGAUUCUUUUGCUCUGGAGAAAAGUCUAACUCAACAUUAUGAAAGAAGAAGUGUUCGCAUUGAAGUUACGUGCAAUCACUGCUCCAAGAACUUGGUCUUUUACAACAAGUGUAGUCUCCUAUCCCAUGCCAGAGGACAUAAGGACAAAGGUGUGGUCAUGCAGUGUUCCCACCUUAUCUUAAAGCCCAUCCCUGCCGAUCAGAUGAUCUUGGCUCCCUCCGUGACCUCUAGUGCUCCCAUUUCAACUACAGGGCAAAGUUCUUUUGCAGGAUAUCAUGGGAAAAGUGAAACAACAGUGAUCUCCGCACCUUCUUCUGCACCUGUAGUGGCUGCCAUGCCCUUAGAUGAAGAUGCUUCCCGAGUGUGUCGAUCAAGUCUUAAGUGCUUGGAGUGUAACGAGGUAUUUCAGGACGAGUCAUCUCUGGCCAUGCAUUAUCAACAGGCUGCUGAGUCAAGUGGACAAAAAUCCUGCACCAUCUGCCAAAUGCUGCUGCCAAACCAGUGCAGCUUCGCCUCUCAUCAGCGAAUCCAUCAGCACAAGUCUCCGUACAUCUGCCCAGAGUGCGGCGCCAUCUGUCGCUCCGUCCAUUUCCAAUCCCAUGUCACCAAGAACUGCCUGCACUACACGCGGCGAGUGGGCUACCGGUGUGUCCACUGUAGCGUGAUCUUUGCUGACGUCACUGCUCUCAAGUCACAUACCCAGGGCUCUCACUGUGAGAUCUUCUACAAAUGCCCUAUCUGCCCCAUGGCCUUCAAAUCUGCUCCGGGGACUCACUCGCACGCCUACACUCAGCACCCGGGUGUGAAGAUCGGAGAGCCCAAGUUGAUCUACAAAUGCUCCAUGUGUGAUACGGUCUUCACCCAGCAGAUUCUGCUCUACGCACACUUUGACCAGCACCUUUCCAGUCAGAAGGUGUCUGUGUUCAAGUGUCCCGACUGCUCCAUGCACUAUGCCCAGAAGCAGCUCAUGCUGGAUCAUAUUAAGUCAACACACGGGACGCUUAAAACCAUCGACGGUCCCCCAAACCUCGGCAUUAAUCUCCCGCUCAGCAUCAAGCCCAUCAACUCCAUGACCUCCAACUCCAACAGCAAAGACUCGGGUCCCCUGAACAGCCUUGACAAUGGGGAUAAGAAGCCCUCGUCUCCGGUGAAGAAAACUGCCUACGCGACCGACGACCGACACAAAACGUCUGUCUCGUCCUCCGUGACGUCCUCAGGUCCUGGCUGGACAUGUAAGGAGUGUGAUCGUCUCUUCACACAGAGAGAGGUCUUCGUCGCUCAUAUGAAGAGAGAGCAUGGGAAGCAGCUGAAGAAACAUCCGUGUCGUCAGUGCGACAAGUCCUUUAGUUCCUCACACAGUCUCUGCAGACACAAUCGCAUCAAACAUAAAGGCAUCCGCAAAGUUUACUCCUGCCCUCACUGUCCAGACUCCAAACGUACUUUCACCAAGCGGCUGCUGCUGGACAAACACAUCCAGCUGAGACACGGCACGAAGGAAGCAGAGCGAAGAUCAGCGCUGGAGUCCAGCAGCACGGAGGAGGCCGCUGUUAAAGACCAGGUACGGAGUCCCAAACGAAAGCUCAACUCUGACGGCGAGGACGCUGAAGAAGAGGAAGAGGAAGAAGACGAGGAAGAGCACCGUGAGGGGAUCCCCAGCCACGAGCGUGCAGCCUCCUUGUGCCCUCAGCCCAUGAAGAAGCUGAAGGUGAGCGUGUUAAAGACUCACAGAUGCGCCGUGUGCAGUUUCUCCACCACCGAGCUGACACUUUUCCAGAAACAUCUCCCGUCGCAUAAAACGGACGGCUCGUCGCAUCAGUGCUCCGAGUGUGGCCUGUGCUACACGUCACGCCACUCGCUCGCACGCCACCUCUUCAUCGUGCACAAGAUGAAGGAGCCUCCGUGCACCAUGCAGCAGGAGAACGCUCCCAACGUUCCGGACACGCAGUGCAGGGUGUGCGGCAAGACGUUCGACGCGGAGCCGGCUUUAAACACACACAUGCGCACGCACGGCAUGGCCUUCAUCAAAUCCAAGAGACUGAGUGCAGCUGAGAAGUGACAGUCCGAUCUCAAACACUUACACAGGACUCAGUUUGAGACGGAACCCACCUUCAUAAUCAGAGACACAGAGAUACAGAAGCAGGGAUAAACCUGGGAAAACAAGGAAAAGUGACAGGAUCCGACGGAAACGUGAACACAGGAGAUGUGCGGAAAAACACGGCCUUAAACACGUCCACGCACACGAGGGGAAACACACAGCUGAACCACAGAGAGACGUUCCCCAUCUCGCUCCUGCAUCUCUGUGCGUCUCCAGUAUAUAUAUAUAUAUAU